AUGUCAAAUUCCAACACAACUGUCUUCACCAACCCCUCCACCUUCAUCCUUCUGGGCAUUUCUGGCCUCGAGGUGGCCCAUAUAUGGAUCUCCAUCCCCUUCUGUGCCAUGUACAUCAUAGCCCUCUUAGGGAACUUCAUCAUCCUGCUCAUCGUGAAGACAGACCUGAGUCUCCAUGAGCCCAUGUACUAUUUUCUCUGCAUGCUGGCCAUUACCGACCUGGUCCUGUCUACGUCCAUCCUGCCCAAAAUGCUGGGGAUCUUUUAUUUCAAUUCAAGGGAGAUCGAUUUCAAUUCCUGCUUCACCCAGAUGUUUUUUGUUCAUGGCUUCUUUAUGAUGGAGUCUGGGAUCUUUGUGGCCAUGGCUGUGGAUCGCUAUGUGGCUAUCUGCCAUCCCCUGAGAUAUUCCGCCAUCAUGACAAAGUCUGUUGUGGCCAUUGGUGCCCUGAUGGUUGUACUGCGCGGCAUCAUACUUAUACUUCCCAUGGUCCUUGUGGCGAGGCAGUGGCCAUAUUGCAGAACCAACAUCAUCCCCCACACACAGUGUGGGCACAUGGGUGUGAACGUGCCUCAAUAUUUCAAUGUUCUCAUGUCCAACAUAUGCGUCUUGGUGCCCCCCAUGCUCAACCCCAUCAUCUACGGAGUGAAAACCAAACAAAUCCGGGAAAGGCUACUUGGGCUAGUUAAACCUAAAGGCACCUAA